GGGGCAGCACCAUCACGUGAGACCGGGCCCGGCUGGACGCGGCUGCCGGGAGCGCGCCGGUGUUCGCUGGUGCCGGACACGAACCCCCGGGCCCGACCUUUGCCUCACAUCCCUUCCCCAGACUGGGGCUGGAUUGGGGAGCGGGGGUUCGGCUUACAGGAGGCGGCGCUCGCUCCCUCUCGCGACCCCUGGAUUUUUUUCCCUGCAGUUGUUCGGGAAGGUGGAGCCUGGGGCCACCCCCGCGGGCAGGUGCCGGAUGGCGGCGGGGACCGAUGCCCCCUACCCUUCCGACUCCCUGCAGGAAUUCCCGCACGCCCCCCAAAAGAGCCCCCCGGCCGGGGGGGUGCCCCCAGCCACCGACCUGGUGCUUGGGGCCACGGCCGGGUGCUUGGCCUGCUUCCUCACCAACCCGCUGGAGGUGGUGAAGACGCGGCUGCAGCUGCAGGGCGAGCUGCAGGCCCCGGGCACGUACCCCCGGCCCUACCGCGGGGUGCUGCGGGCGGCCGUGGCCGUGUGCCGGGCGGACGGGCUGGGGGGGCUGCAGAAGGGGUUGGCGGCCGGGCUGCUCUACCAGGGGCUCAUGAACGGCGUCCGCUUCUACUGCUAUUCCCUCGCCGAGGACGCCGGCUGGACCGGGUAUCCCGGCGGGACUGUGGCCGCCGGGGCCGUGGCCGGGGCGGUGGGAGCCAUCGUGGGUAGCCCCGCGUACCUGCUGUGUCCCCCGCGUCUGUCGGAGGGGCUGAAACUUCCCCUCAAAAUCUGCCGAGAAGAUGAUGGGAGGGACCACAGCCGGUCCCAGCGGGGGCACUGGAGAGUUUUGUCACCUGGCAUUGUCGCCCCCAAGGUUAAGACCCACCUCCAAGCCCAGACACUGUCGGCCAUGGCCGUGGGCCACCAGCACAACCAUGAGAGCAUCUCCAGUGCUUUCAAGAACAUCUACCAGCAGCACGGGGUGGUGGGGCUGUGGCGGGGGGUGACGGGCGCCGUGCCCCGCGUGACCGUGGGCUCGGCCGUGCAGCUCGCCACCUUCACCUCUGCCAAGGACUGGGUCUGUGAGCGCCAGUGGUUCAGGAAGGGCAGCUGGGCGGCGGUGCUGGCGGGGGGCAUGGUGAGCGGUGUGGCUGUGGCCGUGGCAAUGACGCCUUUUGACGUGAUCAGCACCCGUCUCUACAACCAGCCGGUGGACACCGACGGCACAGGCAAGCUCUACCGAGGUUUUUUGGAUUGUAUCCUGCAAAUCUCCAGCAGAGAGGGGCUGCUGGGCUUGUACAAGGGCAUCGGCGCUGUCUACUUCCGCCUCGGCCCCCACACUGUCCUCAGCCUCUUCUUUUGGGACAAGCUCAGGGACAUGGUUCAGCACUAGCAGCCCCAAGGGCUGUAGGACAGACUCCUGCCACCACCACCGAUGUUAAUAAAGAGGUUUUUCUA